AUGCGCGGUCAGAGGAAAUCCUUCCGUCGGAAAGUGUUCUGCAGGAGAAAGGGGUCUGAUGAGUGCAAGGAGAAGUCAGCAGAGCAAAAGGAAAGAUGGAGUCAUCUGCACUGUCCGAAGGAGACAGACGGUCAUUGGUCUUGGCUGUCCGACGAACUGGCCGACCAAGGAUGUAGGCGUCUGGAUAGGAGACAGCGACGGCUCAACUCUGAGCUCCUGAGGGCAGUGGAACAGGGAGCUGUAGAGAAGGUUGUCAGCUGCCUAGACCGAGGCGCGAACGUCAACGCAACCUGCGAGCCACUAGGAAACACAGCUUGCCACCUGGCAGCUUUCACCGGUAACACAGACAUCCUCUUGCUGCUCCUCAAGCGAGGGGCAUCUCCCCGGGUCCUGGACCCGCACGGCCGAAGUCCUCUGCAUUUCGCAGCCUGGUCAGGCAAGGAUGAAUGUGUAAAAUUACUGCUGCAUAGCGCCAUGGACAUGCUGAACUGUCCAAUCAGACGACAGAAGGCCGAGAAGCAAGUGCAUUUGGAGGUACUGGACACGUGGGGCCACGAUCAUGCCGACAUUAGGAACCAGCUGCCACAGCUCGAACCGGGCAGCACGCCUUUGCACGUGGCAAGCCAGAGACUCCACCUGGAAUGCAUCGAGGCACUUCUGGGAGCUGGAGCAGACGUCACCUCUAGAGACGACGACGGGAUGACGCCUAUCGACGUCAUCGGAGAAAAGCUGGUUGGAGGGUCGAAUCUACAUGCAGCCACAAAGUUUCCUGACGUGUAUGAAGUUCUUCUGGGCGCUGGAGCAGAGCUGUUACAUUCGCACCGUGUGGUCCGUACAACUCCGAUGCACACAGCCGUAGCUCUGAAGUCACUGGAGGCCAUCGAUAUGAUAGCGAGAUCCCCGGGUGUCUUGAACUUGGAUAAGAACGGCAUGAGCCCCAUACACCUCGCCGUGUCCCUUCGCCUUCAAACUCCUCUUAGAGUUUUACUUCAGAGUCCCGCCGCUGCAAUUAACGAGACCAGUACCAAAGGCACGGAGACAUUUUUUCCGUCUGGUCUCGCUUUCGUUGAUAUGAAAGACUUGAAUGGGAACACGCCUCUUCAUACAGCUGUAGCAAGUCAAUGGAGGACGGGUGUCGCCAUUUUGCUGGAGGCGGGAGCUGAUACCUGCCAGAAGAACUCUAACGGGGCAACGUCUUUACACUUGGCGGCGGAGAGUGGGAACAGAGAUGUGCUGGAAGAGAUGCUUAAUAUUCCUGAGAGUAAAACUAUACUAGAUGCUCCAGAUAACUUCGAAGAUACACCACUAUUUCAAGCUGUGAAGAGCAGAAGCGUGGAUUGUGUGAGACUGCUUUUGGAAGCAGGAGCUUCUCUGAGACACACACUGACUGAUAAAACGACUGUUCUCCACCGAGCAGCAAAGCUCAACUGUCCUGAAGUACUGAAAGAACUCAUUAGACAUGAAGAAAAAUACAUACGAGUUCUGAUCAACCAAGUAGAAUCGAAGGGAAUGACUCCACUGCACGUGGCUUCUCUUGCGGGGAACGCACCUUGCGUGAAGAUACUUCUGUUGGCCGGAUGUGAUGUCACCAUGAGAACGACAAUUGAGUCCCAUAACGAUUGCACCGCCUUGCAUUUGGCCUCUUCAAAAGGUCAUUCCAAAGUCGUGGAAACACUUCUGGAACACAACAGUGGAAGGGAAGUCAUCGAAUCCAAAGACAGUCAUGGAUGCACACCGCUACACCUUGCUUGUCAAUACGGCCAGCGUGAAUGCAUCCGGAAACUGUUAUUAUCAGGAGCUGAUUUGUCAGCAAAGACAAACAAAGAGAAAACCACUGCAAUCAGUUUAUUGUUUACCAAAGUGUCUCGGCCUAUUGCACUCCUGGAAGAAAUUCUAGAUUCAGAAAUCCAUAUGAACGGUUUCCCUCUGCAUGAUCCACAGUGUGUUAUCACUAUUGACUACAAGCUUCUGGUGCCUCGCGAAAAACCCAAUAAACAGAUGAAAGUGCUGGAUGCAUUGUUGGACACGGGUAUCGAUUGCAAUCAGGAAUCACUGGUACUACAUCCGGUUGUUGAGAGCUUCCUGUUUCUGAAAUGGCGCUGCUGGAGGAGAUGGUUUUACUAUUCAUUCGUCAUGUACAUCAUUUUCUUGUUCUGCUUCAGCAUCCUCGUGGUUUCAAUAUACCAUCUGUCGGCUAAUGGCCAUGGAGUUCCGCAAGGCAUACUCGAAAAAUACGUCAGACUUGCGAUUCUAGUGACGUUGCUCUGGCUUGUCGCUCUGGAAGCAGAAUCUGUCUAUCGGCUUCCGAAAUAUUACUUCACGGAUUUAGAAUCAUGGGUGAAGUGGAGCAGCUACAUUCUAGCCUUUACAGUGACAAUUUUCAGCCCUAACAACGAGUGGCAUCGCCUAGUGGCCACAGUGGCAAUUCUCCUCUCAUGGACCGAGCUGAUGUUCCAGAUGUCCAAGAACCCGAACUGGGGCUUCUAUAUUAACAUGUUCUCCAAAGUCGCUGUAAAUGUCCUUAAGGUUCUACUGACCUUCAUUUUCCUCAUAAUCGGCUUCGCUUUGGCGUUUAUGGUGCAGUUUAAAUCCGAACCGCCGUUCGAGACGCCAUGGGAGGCCUUCGUCAAGACCAUAGUUAUGAUGACAAGUGAAUUCGAAUAUUCUAGCCUUUUCAAAAAAAAUGAAAAUAACGCAUCCUCCAAAUUUGGAAGAAUAUUAUUCUUGUUCUUCCUCCUUACUGUGGGCAUUGUUCUCAUGAAUCUCUUGGUUGGCUUGGCUGUCAGCGACAUAAACUCCUUGGAGACACAAGGCAAAAUGAACCGCCUAAGGAAACAGGCGGACUUUCUUCGAGUAAUUCAACCUUCAGAUUUGGGUCUGUGGUUUAUGUCGAAUUGUUUGAAGAAAAUAACUUAUAGUUUGAGGGAAGUCCAGCCACCCAUAAAAAUAUGCCCCGGGAGUCCGUGGAACAGUGAACAACUCGCCCUUCCGAAACAAAUUGUGGAUGCUAUUAUAGCAAGAGCCGAGAAGCAGGGGAAAACUGAAAAAAUAUGCAAGAUACAGAACGUAUUCAAGAAACUGAAUGAGCUAAUUACUUCUCUAAACAAAUCUCCUUUUAUUCUAGAAGAGUUCAACUCGCAAAGCUGCAGGAGAUAUUUGCAGAAAACAAAGGGACAGAGAGAUGCGCAUAACGAAGUGCGCGAGAGAUCCAGGUAUGAAUUUGCAAACUUCACGGCGAGGAAACUGGACAAUAUUGAGAUGGAGCUGACCACCAUUAAGGCCAGUAUUAAAGAACUUGCUCAGUUUUUGCCUCAAGAACUUAGCAUUCAAAUUCAAUAA